GCUGUGGGCUUGUGAAGGGGUAGGCUGUAGCCGCGGGGCUGGCUUGCGAUUGGAGGACUAGAAACAUGGGAGACACAUACGAUGCAAAAAGCAAUGGAGCUCUACGUUGCGCUAGAGCUCCAGCUCCAGCUCUAUUGGCCAUUCCAUCGCUCCUUCCACCAUCACUUGCACAUUCUGCACAUUCUGCACAUUUAAAUGCACUGAAUGCACUGAAUGCAUCAAAUGCAUCAUGCUCAAUGCUUUCGCUACAAAAUCAAAGACUGGGGCCAAACAUUGGCCCAUCGAUGCCAUCCAUGCCAUCGACUUUUCAAGCCUUUCCUUCUUGGGCACCUGGGCCCCCGGCGCUUGCAACUUCGGCACCUCUGCCGCUGUCGCAGGGCUCGCCUGUGUCAUUGAUUCCCGUCCCUGUUGCAGCUGUUGGCCCAGUCGCCCCAGUCGCUCCCCUCACUACAGUGGCACAUCCGUUGCCAGCUGUUGGUCCGUCGCUGAUACUUUCUGCCCAUUCGGCCCAUGCGGCUCACUCUCAGAUCUCUCAGUCAAUGCCAUCAAGCUCACCCGUUGCUUCGCCGAUGUCACCCACUGUGACGUCCUUUGGUCUCAGUGCUCCGAAGACAGCACCAGCACCAGGCUUCAGCGCCCCACACGCGCAAAACGAAACUUUUCUGUCAGUUUCGAGAUCACCUUUCACAUUUGGAUGCACAGAGCAGGCUGGUAGCGUUGUAGAUUUGCGAAGCGAGCGCUUCGCAGUGAAUGGAUCCAACUUGCCGCUACGAGUCAGAACUGGCCGACGCGCAGGGCCACACUCCAGACGAGUCAGACGGGUGCAACGCACGGUGCAAUCCAAUUGUGUACACCCGGUGUGGCCAGAUGCGUGGAACUUGAUUCCAAAUCCUUCCAUUCGUCAAAGUGAUGUGAGACUGGAGGCCGGGAACCUCGUACCACCUGUGAAGAAUACGGAGAAAGUAUUGAUUUGGCAUUGCCGACAUCCACACGGACUAUUUUCGAUGUUCUCACUGGCGUUAGGUCACGCAGAGACCUGCGAAAAACAGGGACUGGGGCUCAUCGUGGAUUGGACCUCCAGCGAGUUGCUCUAUCGGGGGCCACCCGGAGAGCCCAACGUUUGGACCGCUUUUUUCGUGCAGCCAGCCGAAAUCAAAAUAGCAUCCGAGGCCAUUCGUCAUGCCAUUCGCUCUGGACAGUACAUGGAAACAAGCAAGCAUCAUGUGGUCUACGGACACUACCGUGGCGUCAUCCAGGAUUACGGAGGCAUUCCUGCAGACCAGGCUGCGCGUGGCCGGGCCUUGUGCCGACGGAGCAUUGCUUUGCAGCCAAGGUUUCAGGAGAAACUCGAACAGACAAUGUCUUCAAUCCUUAAACCAGGCAAGCGGCUCGCUGUUCACAUUCGUAGGAGUGACAAAGUCGUUGAAGCAGCGGCAAAUUUCGAGUUGUCCGACGAUAGCCUCCUCAAGCGCAUUAUUUCUCAGUGCGUUGCGUGGAAGAUGGAUGGUGUGUUCCUUUGCAGUGACGACGCUUCUUUGAAGACCCGCCUGACAAACUCUUUGGAACGAUAUGGCCUGUUAGUCUCUACCUACGAUGCGACUUUGCCAGCAGAAGCUUCCCAGGCAGUUCACUUUGACAAGAGCUUGGAUUCUUACAAGAAAGCAGAGGAUGUGGUGAUAGAAACUUUCCUGAUGGCAAAAGGCUGUCAUGGACUGCUCUCAACGUACUCAAACGUGUCCGCAGCUGUUGUAUACCUCAGCCCAGACAGCUUUCAGUACACAACUUUCUGGGAUCCUGUGGAAGUGCAGGAAGAUGUUUCGCCUUGCACUCCAGAGCCCUGAAUCCAGGGAAACAAUACCAUCAAAUCCCAGAUAUAGGACUCAGUACUUUGAAACAAUAAUUUCAUUUC